CUCCACAUAAUAAAGUCCAAAUAAAAGACGGGUCAAAAAAAUUCUCAUCCAUUUUCCUAACAGAUCGAAGAGACCAUUUCCCCCUAAUUCGCAGCAUUCUUAGUGACUAGAAAUGGCUUUGGGUGGAGGUGGACCGCAAAGGGGGACUGCUGCAGCAGCAGCUGCUAACCUACGUCGAAGGAAGACCGCUGGUGGCGGUGGAGGUGCAGGAGGAGCAGGUGGUACCAUGCUCCAAUUCUACACUGAUGAUUCCCCCGGACUCAAGAUAUCACCCAAUGUUGUGCUUGUGAUGAGUAUUGGCUUCAUAGCUUUUGUCGCAAUCCUUCACGUCAUGGGUAAGCUCUACUUUGUCCGCAGAGAGGGCUAGGCUAACUUGGGAAAUUUUUGUUGGGCAACAGCUUUCUUUGCUGGAGGAAAAACUGACAUUGUAGUUUUUUUUUCUUGUUUGUUUGUCUAUGCAAUGAAGUUUAUAGAAAAGUUUUCUAGUUAUGAGUUGACUGUUACUUGGAUAUCUGUGUUCCAACGUCUACUGAAUAGGACGAUGCCAAAUUCUAGUUUCUUAGACCAUGAAUGGAAUUGUGUUGCAAUUAUAACUUUAGCGAGAUGUUUUUGCUUUGGUUGCUGCAUGAUGCUUCUGAACAGCUAAUGUUUCCUCUCUGUGUACCAAUGAUGGUAAUCGAAAUCUUAUGACA